AGGUUUGCUGGUAAGUGCAACUGUUCCUAUGACCAUAUCAAAUUUGUAGUUUCACUGUAUGUUACUGUACAGGGAAAGUCACCUCAAAGGACAUUAGCCUAUAACACAUUCAUAAUUUCCUCAUAUUUGAGCUGUCAAAAAAUGCUUUAAGAGGUUUUCUGAAAUUUUCAAUGGAGUCCUGCUCAGAAUGAACCUGACUAUGUUAAAUCUAUUCAAUUUGGAGUUAUUUUUCUGUACAGUUUUGAGAAAAUCUGCUUUAAAGUCAAAAUACAUUGUAACACAUUGAAAAUCAGAAUCAGAAAUGUCGUCAUAUUUAAACUCAUAAAAAUUGCUCCUUCAUAGGUUUGCUGAAAUGUUGAAUUUAAUCCUCUUCACGGUGACCUUGAUUAUAGCCAUGGUUCAGCAACCAGGCUUCAUUCGGCCCGCCUCAGCUCCACCACUUUGCCCAUCUUUGGAUUGGCCGGAGUCAGGGACUGCCAAGCUGGCGACGGCCCAGGUACCGUAACAACACGAAUAGACGUUCAUCAAAUUCCAAACGGCGGCUGGCUUGACCGGCUUUUCGCAAACGACGGCUCACUUGAACCACCCAGAAAGCGAAUGCAGCAACAGCAGGAGGAGGCUUGAGUCUGUAGACCAUGGUAACAACAGGAAACAGUCCAAUAUAUAAAUAGCGGAACCACAGCGUGAGCGUAGCAAACAUAACCGGACAGUUUUUACCGGCGCACUCAAGUAGCCUCCAUGACAGGUAGCAGUUGACAACAACACCAAGUUGAUGUUGGCCUCGUUGUCCACAAUGAUGUCACAUGGUUUCAAGAGCAGUAAGCAGGACUUCACCUUUGGACCAUGGAAAGUGACUGCUGCCAAAAACCACAUCAUGAAAUCCAAAGACAUUGAACGGUUAGCAGAGGAGAUGAACAUGCCCUCCCUUCCAGAGAUGCUGUUUGGGGACAACGUCCUGCGCAUCCAACACACAGAUGGCUACGGCAUCGAAUUCAAUGCCAUUAAUGCCCUUAAGAGAGUCAACAACAUGGAGGAUGCUGUCAAGGUGGCCUGUGCUCAGGAAUGGCAGGAGAGCAGAGCUGAUUCUGAACACUCCAAAGAGGUGGUGAGACCCUACGACUGGACAUACACCACAGACUACAGAGGCACUCUGAUAGGAGAAGGUAUGCAGAUAAAGGUAACUAAGACAGCGGAACGUAUCGACAUGGAGAAGCUGAAGGCUCGGGAACAGAUCAUGUUCUUUGAUGAGGUGUUGUUGUUCGAGGACGAGCUGCAUGACCACGGAGUCUCAAUGAUCAGUGUCAAAAUUAGGGUGAUGCCCACCAGUUUCUUCUUGUUGCUGCGUUUCUUCCUACGAGUGGACGGAGUGCUGAUUAGAAUAAAUGACACACGAUUGUAUCACGAGGCAAGUUGGUUUCCUCCAGCCAGGACGAAGUGCAAUGGCUGGAAAGAAUUACAUGCUACGAGAGUUCAGCACGAGGGAAAGCAAAAUAGCAGAACUGAAGAAUGUUCCUGCUGCACUGUACACUGAUCCUAAUGAGAUCGCCCAGCACUUGAACCUGAAGCUGACAGAGUGUGAGAAGCUGGAGCUUCCUGUGAUGCAGCCUCAGACAGCUGUAAAUGAAGUCCUUCAGUGACCAGUAUACUAUUAUACUAUAAAGGUCCACAUUGAUGUGUUGCAUGAUGAUAAACAGGAAUAGUAGUCUUAAACCACAUCCUUGAUCUUACAGUAACAUUACAACCAUUGAUCUCCCCUUCAAAUAUCUGUACAGGAAUUGUUUUUAUAUGUGACUAUUAUGAUGGUGUGUUCUUAAAACUGCAACCUGACUUUAGACAGUUUCAGUAUGUUCACAGUGCAGCUUGAUAUCAUAGAAACUUUAACCCCAGUUAAAUACUUUGGUCUAGCUUCUGGCUUUGUUCAUAUUUGAACUGAUUUUGUUUUAUGAGACAUUUUUCACUGUCAAGCUGAUCGGCCUUUUGAAAUAAGGCUUGGUGGGGUAGCUGUUUCCAUGCUUAUAAUACUAGUAUAUUGGUAAUGUGUUUGUAAAAAGCUACACAAAACAGCACUGUAUUUUCUGAAGUCAGUCAUCAAGACUUCCUGUAAAUAUGUCAACUGUAUUUUCUACGGUGACUUAUGGAAGGUGAAAAAGCUUGUUUUCCAUUUGCAAGUCAAACACCUCCAGAAUCUGUUACUAUGUCUAGCAAUAUGGCCAAAUCAAUUUUGUUUUUGCAAAUACAGCUAGCUUGCUUUGCUUA